AUGGACAUGGACAGAUCUAGAGUGAUCGGCAAAAUCCUGGAAGUUUUCUUUAUUGUGUUCAUGCCACCACUGGCAGUUCUCCACUCCACGAAAGAAUGCACAAAUGAAGUUCUCAUCGAUGCCAUUCUUACUCUGAUGUUUUGGAUUCCUGGACAAUUGUAUGCGAUAUGGUACUGCUUCGUCAGGGAAUACUUCAGAAAAAAGCCAGAAUUUACACAAUGA